AACACUUUCCUCAAUACUGGACCUGUGAUUCAAAAAACCCCAACACGAACAAGUGCUUUUCAUGCAGCUAUUAUUCAGCAUGAAUUUGGCAGAGAUAUGCGACAACGCCAAGAAGGGCCGUGAGUAUGCUCUGCUUGGGAACUAUGACUCCUCCAUUGUGUACUACCAGGGCGUCAUUCAGCAGAUCCACAAGCACUGUCAGUCCCUCAGAGAUCCUGCACUUAAAGUCAAAUGGCAACAGGUCCGGCAGGAGCUCACUGAGGAGUAUGAGCAGGUGAAAGGCAUUAUGGUAACGCUCGAGAGCUUUAAGUCAGAGAAGCCAGUCGACAUCCUAGUACCUCAAUCCGACGAGAGACCUGAGGAUCCCACAGUUUGGCCCCCUCCCAUCCCUGCAGAACACAGGAAUCCUGUUGCAGUGAAGCGUCCCAACAGUGCAGUGAAGCAGCAGAGGAAGGACUCCCCUGGUCUGCAGCAUCGAGGGGCAGGUCCAGGGGGCCGCGGUCAGGCCAACCCUAAACCAGACCGGCCAGGAUUCAGAGACGCCCGAGGCACAAAGGCCAAAGACGAUAAGGGAAAGAAAGGGGCUGGAGAUGCACCAGGGGAAGUAGAACAGAAGAAAUUUGAUGGCACAGGAUACGAGAGUGACCUGGUGGACUCACUGGAGAGAGAUAUUGUGUCCCGUAACCCUAACGUACACUGGGAUGACAUUGCUGAUCUGGAAGAUGCGAAGAAGCUGCUGAGAGAAGCAGUGGUGUUACCCAUGUGGAUGCCUGACUUUUUUAAGGGCAUUCGUCGCCCUUGGAAGGGUGUGUUAAUGGUCGGCCCUCCAGGGACAGGGAAGACCAUGUUAGCCAAAGCUGUGGCCACAGAAUGUGGGACUACGUUCUUCAAUGUGUCGUCCUCCACCCUUACUUCCAAAUACAGGGGCGAGUCAGAAAAACUUGUUCGUCUGCUGUUCGAAAUGGCUCGGUUUUAUGCACCAACAACCAUCUUCAUAGAUGAGAUUGACUCCAUCUGUGGCAGGAGAGGAACAUCCGAUGAACAUGAAGCCAGCCGCAGGGUCAAGUCAGAACUUCUGGUUCAGAUGGAUGGUGUGGGGGGAGCCCUGGAAAAUGAUGACCCCUCUAAGAUGGUGAUGGUCCUCGCUGCCACCAACUUCCCCUGGGACAUUGACGAGGCGUUACGACGGCGCCUGGAGAAGCGGAUCUACAUCCCUCUGCCCACAGCUGUGGGCCGUGUAGAGCUUCUGAAGAUCAACCUGAAGGAGGUGGAGGUGGCUGCUGACGUGGACCUGGACCUCAUUGCUGAGAAGAUUGAGGGCUACUCUGGAGCAGACAUCACCAACGUCUGCAGGGAUGCAUCCAUGAUGGCAAUGCGUCGUCGAAUCCAAGGCCUGAGCCCUGAGGAGAUCCGAGCUCUGUCCAAAGACGAGCUGCAGAUGCCUGUGACCAUGGAGGACUUCACCCUCACUCUCAAGAAGAUCUCCAAGUCUGUCUCUGCUGCCGACCUGGAAAAAUACGAGGCCUGGAUGGCUGAAUUUGGGUCAGUAUAGAGAACGGUAGCAUUUAGACCCAGAGGGACCAGAACCUUAAAAGGAGGACUUGUAGCCUUGAAAAUGAUGAAGAGCAGGGACUCGGGGGCGUAUGUCACGGAGCUGAGUGAACUCACAUCAGACUGGUGCCUUUGAGAGAACGUGACAAGAGCUUUCAGUGGCAUCGCUCCUGCCCUUUCACAUAUUCUCCCCAUGUUGUUGUUUUGACACAGUUGUCUGUGUAGAGACUGUCAAUCAUCCAGCUGCUGACUGACUUAAGUGGCCUGAGGACGAAUGGGUUGAACUUCUCUCACACAGGGAACUUUUAAUGUAAAAAGUAGCCUAAUGCACAAAGGUAGGCCAGGGAAUACAGACUAGUUUUACUGAGGCCUCAUGCAAGAGCAUUUUUAGAUUUUCAUCCUAAACCUCUUUUUUUGCACGAGCGUUCCGAGUUGGAUUCUCCAAACUCUCUUAGCUACACAAACCUGUUGUAAAUUGCCCAUUUCAAACUGAUCAAUGCCAACUGUCAAGAUUCAGGUGAGUGUUUGUGACAGUGUUUGGAUAAAUAGCGCCUUCAAAAUUGCUUCAUAAGCAUCACAGUUGUGCUGCGCACACGCACGUCAGCCACUCGUUGCUCUGCCCAGACCACAACAAGUAAAUUUUU